AUGACAAGACCAGCAGAUACUGAAGACACGUACAACCGUGAAGAGUUAUUUGAUGUGAAUAUUAUGGGGAAGCAAAGUGUUGUACAAGCUAUCAUUGACCCUGGAAGUCAGAAAAACCUGAUUUCAAAGGCAUUAAUCACGAAGCAAUGUACCUUCAAAUUUGCUAUCACCAAUCGAUAUAUUGAUGAGGUGACAUGUGAGGUGGUUCAUUUGGACGUUUGCCAAGUCAUAUUAGGCAGUCCAUAUUUAUGGGACCGAGUUGCCAUUCACUAUCAGAGGCUUCUCAAGUAUCGACUUGUGAAGGAUGGGAAGGAGUUCCACAUCAAUGCUUGCAAGCCUCAAGCUACAGAUAAUUUGCUUACAAAUAAUUUACUGAUAGCUAACCAAGCCAAGAGGUUAGUCAAUUCAUAUGGGCGAUUUGUUUUGUUGAUGAUUCAACCACAAGAUCAGAGUUCUGGAGCUGAUUUGCGUGGUUUGCCACCGAGGAGAGCUGUACGAAACUUGGGUUUGUAUCGCACUUCUGUGAUGGAAUCUGACGAGAUCAAGAAGCAAAUUCAAGGACUUCUUGAACAAAGCGUCAUCAAACCUAGCUGCUCACCAUGUGGUUCACCAGUGUUACUUGUGCCUAAGAAAGAUGGUGGCUGGCAUAUUUGUGUAGAUUAUAAGGGACUCAACAAAAAAACCAUUAAGAAUCGGUAUCCAUUGCCGAGGAUUGAUGACCUGCUAGAUCAACUACAUGGUGCAUGCUACUUCACUAAGCUUAAUCUCAAAUCUAGCUAUCACCAAGUCCGCAUCCAGGAAGAAGAUACUUGGAAGACUGCAUUCAAAACAAAGCAGGGACUGUUUGAGUGGUUAGUCAUGCCAUUUGGAUUAUGCAAUGCUUUAGCUACUUUCUUGCGAUUGAUGAAUGAGCUAAACAGUAAGAAGUGUGAGUUUGGGAAACAAAACCUUGUAUACCUGUACCUGGGAUUCAUUGUUGGUGCAGGAGAAUUGAAAGUGGAUGGGGAGAAAGUGCAGAGAAACCAUGAGGAAUCUUUCCAAUUGUUGAAACGGAAGAUUACAGAGGCCCCAGUAUUAGCAUUAUCGAAUUUGCAAAGACCAUUUGAAGUGGAAGCACAUGCAUUGAACUAUGCUAUGGGAGCCGUGUUAUUUCAAGAUGGGAAACCAGUUGCAUACCAUUCUAAGAUGUUUAGUGGACCGAUAUUGAAUUAUCCGACUUAUGACGAGUUGUAUGUAAUGCAUCAAGCAGUGAAGUAUAGGAGAGCUUACUUAUUGGGAAAAGAAGUUUACAAAAAGGGAGCAACUAAUAAGUUGGCAGAUAUGUUAUCUAGACCACUUACACCAGUUAGUUCCGCAUUGCUGGUGGCUAUGAAAAUCCAACAUAUUGUUCCUUCUGAAUAUGCCAAAGGGUACGACACAUAUGCUAAUUUCAACUUAGCCUAUGCCAAGCUGCAACAAGGAAAGACAAGUGAGUUCCAAUUGACGGAUGGACUAAUGUACAAGGGAACACAAUUUUGCAUUCCAGAAGAUGGCGACUGA